GAGCAGUGUUAUUUUGACCGUCUAUUCCCCAUGGAAGCAGCAGGGUGAACUUGAAGUGGAGAGUGGAGUGGAAGAUAAGACGUUGUCUUAGAAAACAGCUGGGUUCCGUCGGCUCUUACAAAGGAACGGCGUUUCAUGAGAUAGUGAGCUGUAUGAAUUGCUGUCUUUUUCUGAAGGCUUCCUAGGCUUCUUCUGAAACUGUUCUCAGGUCCAGCAGGAAUUGUCAUUGGGGGGAUUGAAUGACCAGCGCUCUCUUCCACCCUCAAUACCACGACUGAGCUAAAAAAGCAUUUCUAUUGAGGAAACCCACUAUGGAUCCUGACAAGACCUCCUGUGUGAGGUUGAAUGAGGAGAAAGUAAUUGCAAAGUCUGAUAUUUUGUCCCUUCUUAAAACGUAUAACUGUUACCACGAGGGAAAAAGCUUCCAGCUUCGGAUUCGUGAGGAGGAGGGUGAGCUGAUCGUGGAGGGUUUACUCAACAUCUCCUGGGGCCUGAGGAGGCCAAUCAGACUCCAAAUGUAUGAUGACAACGGGCGCUUUCGAUAUGCCUGCAGGGGUGUGUGGAGGUCGGAGGGCUCAGAGUCCAGCAGGAAUGAAAAUGCUGAACACCAGUUUUGUUCAGAGCCCAACAACAACAAAAUCAGUGCCUCACCUGCACCCAGUGUGGAUGGUGCUGAGGACGAUGCCCCUCAACUGCUGAGAACAAGAAGUGACGCGAGCUUUGUGAAUAUCCAAAGAAGAUCCAAAAUCCACAACACUGCCGAUUCACAGACGAGAAAAAGACACCGCUUCUCCAUCAACGGCCAUUUUUACAACCACAGAACAUCAGUUUUUACUCCAUCAUAUGGAUCAGUGACUAAUGUGCGAGUGAACAGCACUUUGACAACACAGCAAGUUCUUAACCUGCUUCUUAAUAAGUUUCGAGUUGAGAAUAAGGCAGAUGAGUUUGGCCUCUACCUAUUCCACGAAUCAGGGGAGAGAACAAAACUUAAGGACACAGAAUAUCCUUUGGUAUCUCGUCUGUUGCAUGGCCCUUGUGAAAAAAUCGCCAGAAUAUUUAUUAUGGAAAAGGACCUUGGUGAAGAAAUUACAUAUGAUGUUGCACAGUAUAUUAAGUUUGAAAUGCCUGUUUUGGACAGUUUCAUCAAGAAAUUGAAAGAGGAGGAAGAUAGAGAGGUUUUAAAACUAACAAGAAAAUACAGUGCACUGAGGUCAAUGAUAUUACAAAAAUUGGAUGGCAUCUCUAACACUGAAAAUUAUUUGAAAGAAAAUGUGCUGACAGUUUAGAUCAGAGGCAUCUUCUCUGUUGUACAGUCAACAGCCGUGAGCCACAGAUUUCUAGUUUUAGGUUUUUCUGUUUUGGUGAAGGCAUCAGUGCAAUAACUAGUAUAUAUUGUAAAAAGCAUAGGCUACUGUAAAUAACAACUAGUAAUUAGCAACUGUAAGUAUUUUUUUUACCCACAAUUCUCAGGCAUUACAAAUUACAUAGAAUGUUAUUUUAUGAUGCACUUAUGCUCCAUGACUUAAGACAACUUUUAUUUUCUUUUUUUAAAACAUAUUUUACGUGUUUCUACAGUACCAAUAUUACCUUUUAUACAUUUUAAAAUAAAACUAAUAUAUGAGGAAUUCUGUUCAUUUGGUCUCAUGUUUGUUUUGCUAACACACUGUACAGUGUCAUGUGAACUUUGUACUUACAUAUAGAAUAUCUUGUUUAUGACACCUUUAAUAAAUUCCAGCAGACUUUGGACAACAUUAAA